UUCCACUUCCGCCCCCACCUAAAACGGUAACCAUGGUAACUCACGAAGUCUCGCGUGAGUUCGUUUAGCGUCGCGCGAGAAAAGCAAUAUCUAUGGAGAGAGGGACUUGAUCCGAGGAAGUGCAAAUCAAAUGAUUGAUGAAAUUUCCGAAAGGCACAGCGAGCUUCAUGUGUCCUUUCCCCGGCCGCCCGUUACGGUAGCUCGCACGGAAGAAACCACCAACACCACGGGAUCAACUAACAUCCAGACCCACCCUGUCUACAAGGCAGCCCGGAGGGAAUUUGAACAUUUCCGAUAGCUCUAUUUUUUGGGGGGCGAAGCUAACAAUGCUAACUUUAGCUUUGUUUACAUGUAUCGCGCGCGUCGUAACUGGGAGCUAAUCGCAAACCGAAUCUGUUUAACCACCACGUACGACCCCGACGUUAUUUUUUAGCACAAUUAAGCGACUUGUUUUGAAAAUACUUUAUUUAUGGCCAGUCGAGCGACUUCUCGCGCGAGGCUAGAAGCCGCCGACACCACCGCCAGCGAGCUAGCUAGCUUGCUAAGCUAACAGGCUAGGCUACGCUAUACAAUGCUACCCCUUUGAAGAUGGCUAUACAACUACAACGUUCGUCCCUACUGCGAGUCAGAAUGUGAACAAUUAUGACGUCGUGCGAACCAGCGUUUCCACCAAAGAGCGCUGAUAUUGAUAGAUUUUAGAUACACUACAAAUGGCUUGCAGCUUACUCUCCACUCCGAUACUGGAUUGAUUAAAAGAAGCGUCAGUAGCCCCCUCUGCCUAGCUUGGAUAUAAACUUCCACAUCCACGCGCGGCGUACCCCGACCCCUCCCCCAGAGAGGCGGCGAUGAACCCGGUUAACGCCGCCGCGCUGUACGUGUCCGCCAGCCGGGCCGUGCUGCAGUGCGACCCGCGGCAGCCGCACACCUUCUCGGACAUGUACACGCUGCUGCCCUUCUUCCGACAAUCGUUGGCAUGUCUCGUCUGUGGUGAGCUCGUGCGGGAUCCGGUGUCGGCGCCGCACCCCGGUUGUCCGCACCACGUGUGUCUGGGCUGCCGGGGCCAGAAGACGACAGCGGGGCGGGCGGCUUGCGGCCGCUGCCGGGACGCGGCCGGCUUCCGAGAGGACAAGCAGCUGUCGCUGCUGGUGCGGCUCUACCGAAAGCUUUGCGUCUACGUGGCCCACUCGGCGCUGCUGCCGUGCGUCAGCGCCAACGCUGAGCUGAUGGCGCUUCUGGAGGAGGCGCUGGUGGUACCGGCGGAGGACGCAGAGUCGCCGGACGCUCAGGAUUCCUCUGCAAGAGCACCGGACGGCGAGUUGGUGAAAAGCGAGCCCGAGGAUGACCGGCAGCCCGUGGACGACGGUGAGUUGGCGAAUAGCGAGCCCGCGGACAAAGAGUUGGCGGACGGCGAGCCCGCCGAGGAUGGCGACGUGGAGCCGGAAGCCAUCGAGUCGACCGCCCCCACCAAGGAGCCGCGCCAACCUGCCGAGCUGUACCCGGAGCGCGGAUCGUGCAACCGUUCGCUCCUGGAGAGCCUGGAGCCCUCCUCGCCCGAGCUGGAGGUGUGCGAGCUGAUGGAGGAGCCGCUAGCUCCGCCCCCUGCUGAGGGACACUCCGCGUCCGACACGGCCACCCUGGAGCUGAGUCUCACCACUGGACCCUUCACCGCGGGAGCCUUUGCCCCCGGAUCCUUCCCCAACGGAGCCUUCACCCCCGCGCCGGGCGGCAGGGAGUUGGAGGAGGGCGAAGUGCUCCUCCUCAGCGUCGAGGAGGUUCUCCAGACUCUGGACCCCCUCCAGCCGCCCGCUGACGGCCCCCCGGACCGGCACUCUCACAUGUACCUGCAGUUGGACUCCGCGCACAACUACACGCAGCUCCACGCGGACAGGACUCACGUGACGCUGAGCCCGGCGUUCCCCCAUCCGCCUCUGGCCGUCCCCCCGCCCCCCUCGCCUUCCUCCUCACCGUCUUCGUCGUCGCGCCACAAACGCAAGCGCUCGCGGUCGGAGAGCGACCGCGAGCAGGUGAAGCCGCUCCCCAUCGCUUCCAUCCUGCAGGGGCCCACGUCGCCGCGCGCGCAGCACGCCGCCCCCGCCGCGCCCCCCCACGCUUAUUCAUCGCUAUACAACGGGGCGUCGCCCAAGCCCGCACGCCACCACCAUCACCACCACCAUCACCACCACCACCACCACAGCAAGGGCGCCCGCAAGCACGGCGAGCUGGGAGCCAAGAAGAAGGCUCGCUCGGGCGCCAAGUGCAAAGAGCGCGGCAAAGAGCAGCGCCUGCAACUGACCGGCUGCCUGGUGCCCCCCGCACCGCCGCGGCCCCCCUACAAGAAGCCCGUGGAGAAGAAAGGCUGCAAAUGCGGACGCGCCACCCAGAACCCUUCGGUGCUCACCUGCAGGGGGCAGCGAUGCCCCUGUUACUCCAACCGCAAGGCGUGCCUGGACUGCAUUUGCCGCGGCUGCCAGAACUCUUACAUGGCCAACGGCGAGAAGAAGCUGGAGGCAUUCGCCGUGCCCGAGAAGGCGCUGGAGCAGACGCGGCUCACGCUGGGCAUCAACCUCACCAGCAUCGCGGCGGCCGCCGCCCUCCGCGGCCCGCCGGGCGGCGGACUUCGCGCCGGCACCCUGCUCAACGUGGCCACGGCCACCGGCGCGCCCGUGGCCACCGCCUUUCUGUCGGCCAGCACCCCGCCGAGGGACCCCGCCUACGAGGACAGCCUGGAGCUGCUCAUUGGCUGAAUGCCCCGAAGAGGCGGGCCAGACUUUUUUUUUUUUUUUUAAUUUCUUUCGGGUGCUCAUCGAAUGUUACGGCCGCACGCCACACCUGGUCCCCUGAAUGGGGCGCACUAUGGCAGCUGCUCUUCUUCUGUGGUGGAAAAUGCGCAGUAGUCAGACUAGCGUGUCUGUGCCAAACCCUCCUGUAUCGUGCCUGUGUGCGCGCGCGUGUGUGUGUGUGUAAGAGAGAUCUACCCCCAACACUCAAAGGCAAUACCCCCCACCCCACCCAUCCUACCACCACGCCAUACCCCCAUGGCUCCCCCAUGAAUCCAUUUUUUAAAAUUUCUUCCACUGUGCAAGCGACCAUAACACGGAAGCACUUGUUGACUGACAUUUAGCGUCGCUAGCACUGAGCAUAAGGCGAAAAAAAAAAAACCUCCAGCGGUGCGUUCAAGGACAACGGCGACGUUUCUCUUAAAAGCAAAGACACAAGUUGUCUUCACCUUUUCAGCCCUCCCCAAAAAGAGUAUUUUUUUCACACCAAUUGAUUUGGUGCCGUGUUGUGAGAAUGACAUGUCUGAGGGUGUGCGAGAGAGUCUCUUGAUGCUUGAGAGAGAGGCUGUAUGCGUGCAUGCAUGAGAGAGAGUGUGUGUAUCCAAAUGCAUCGCCACUGUACGGGUCCAGCAAGUUAAGGACCAAUCAAACAUUUUUUUUUUGAAACCAACAAAGAAAAGUGCGUAAAAAUGAUCAUCGGAGUGAAUAAGACUUAAGAUAUCGAGCCUUCUCUCAAUUGUUAGCAGGCACGUUACAUCGUAACAACCAUCAGCAUAUAUAAUGUAAUCUUCCCAUAUGUGUGCAUUGAUGUGUGUCUUUUUGGGCAUUACUUGAAGUCGGAUUAGUUUUAGGUUGUUUUUUUUUGUAUCGCAAAUGGUGUUUGAGGAUGAAAACGUUCACUGCCAUAACAUGGACACGAUCAGCAAGACGUCAAUUAAAUGAUAGUUUUUUACUUUUUCA